CUGUGCCUUCUUGAGAAGCUGGCAAAAAGUCAGAAGAGGUCAAAUCGUCGCCCCAACAACUUUCUCUCAACAUUUUCUGCUAAACAGACAAAGAUUCUCCAUUCUCGCAACACUCUUUAAUGGGAAACGCUCAACGGAUCAGAAAUAUCACAAUCAACCGUCAUGUGAUAUUGUGAACUACGUACUUACUUGCACGUACUUGCAAUCUUUCCAAGCCGGUUUUGAUUUGAUUGCGCACAGAUUGCGCACUGUAAAUACAGAGUAUUUGUAUAAGAUUAUCGUCAACAUGCCGCCUAUUUUGGAACUGCUGACCCUAAGACGUCGGUCACGUAUGGAAUGGUUUUACGAUAUAAUACAGGUUUUCCAUUUUAUGGUGGUGAUGGUGUUCCUCUGGGCUGGACUGGUGGAGUUUAUUCGAGAUCCACCGUUUUUCGAUGCUUACGGCGAUGCAGCUACAAGAAAUGAGCUCCCAGAAGGUUUAUUUGAGAAUGACCCUCGUUCUCUGGACAAGAUGCAAUCUCUGAGACUAAUGGACAUUCCAAUCUUAUUUAUGCUUCUGGUUUAUGUUGGUGUUUGCUGGUUGCUCAAAUUUAGAGGGCUUUCGUGGCUCCUCACAUUUUGCUUCAUAUUAACUCUUACUGUAUUCUUCUUCGUGAACUACUGGGAAUCCCAGCUUUUUGACUGGCGUUAUUUCCUGUCCCGUAAUGCAGGCCUUGAGGUACAAGUGGUUUUUAUUGCGCUGACAUUUACAUCUGUGUUUAUUGUCUUAUUUUAUGAGAGAAAAAAGCUGCCAUUUAAAUUUAAGUCAACUCUUCCCAUCAGACCAUUUGGCAAAAUGCACCUCUUCUGUAACUUCUUCAUCUGCUUUAUCAUCAUCUUCACCUGCUUGACGUUAUGGUUUUCCAAGCUUUACAUGUCUUGGGCAUGCUUCAGGAAUCAUAAGGAGAUCAUGUCCCUGUGUGAGCGCACCAGCAUGGUGCAGUGUUACCCAUGCAGUACAUGUUCCUCAGAUGGCCUAAAGCAUUGUGUGAAAGGAAGACAUGACAACAUGUUUCACUGCCUUUCAGACAUGAUGGCCCUACCAGAUAAGGGAGCAUUUUGCUUGUUCAAUUAUAACAUCAGUGCUUAUACAUUCAUGACAGUCUUUGCAUAUGUGGGUGGUCUGGUGGUAUUCCUAAGCAAUUUCCUGCGCAUUGUUGUACACUACUUUCUCCGCUUUGUGUUCUUCUUCCUCGGAUGGUGGAAAGUGAAGCAAAAUGCAAGAGAUGGCCACAGAGAGCCUCUCGAGGGGAGCACCAACCCUCUACAUGUGGAAGAACCCUCCCCGCCCUUUGUCGUCUUGGACUGUAGCCAAGGGGAAGAGUGCAUAGACGCUAGGUACCAUAGAGAGAUGUCUUCUGUUAGUGGCCUAGGUGUGUCUCUUGAUGAGGAGGAGGCUAGCGAUGGUGGAGCACUUGUAGAAGCAGUCAUAGGUUAGGGUUACAAACUGUACAAAGUGAAUGUGAGUGAGAUUUAUAUCAAAAUAAUAAAGCUCCAAAUGGUGCCUGCAUUGCUAGCCAAAACAGCCGACACUGCUUUAUAAUGGUCUUGUUUAUACACCAUGAUGGAUGUUGCAAAGUAGUUGGCUAACAUUUCCUUGAGCCAACGAAACGCAAGUCAGCGCAAGUCACAAGUUUUUAUUUUUAUACUAAAUGAUAAAUGAUAUACACGAAACAAACGAACUGGGAAAAAAAGACUAGCCCAAAAUAACAUAGUCCUAGAAACACAAGGAAUAUGAUCAAAUAGUCCUUUUUAUGAUAUCGCAGAAAGUUGAGAAAGUUGAUUUACUCGCCAGUACUUGCAUUCACAUGAAAUGGCUUCGCCAAUCAAAAGUUGAGAAACAUGCGUUUCAUUUAACACAAGUCAACGCCAGUGGACACAAGUCGUCGCCAAUGUUGGUGGUCAAACGAAACACUAGUUGAUACAAGUAACAAAACAUGCGAUAACGUGCGUUUCUUUUGGCCAGAGUUUAGUCUCGCAAUGCUGGGCAAUAAUGUUCGCGCUGGUUUCACUUGGUCCAGACAUUGAGCGGAUCUCAAUCCUGAUUGUAAAAAAAAAAAAAACAGAUAUAGGACUUGCAUAUAAUCAGAGUAAGCUGUAGUCUGCGAUUAAACUAUGCACAGAAUGAACAAUGAACUGGGACUCAGUCUAGUAUAUUUAAGUAACAGUUACAUGCAAGUCCUUCUCUAUUUUACGAAAAGCAUGAAGAUAUAUUUUAGAAAAAUUGUUUGAUAGAAAUAUAUUAAAUUGGUAUUGUUGAUAGAUUUGAUGUAAAUCAGAGAAUGAAUAAUUAUAUUAUUCUAAGCAUGUAUUACAUGUGUAUAUGAAAACCACUCUAGCCUACUUGCAGUGCUGUUCGGUCAACAACGUAAUAAUAAACAUGUUGAUCACA